AUGAUCAGUUUAUUUAUUGCUGCCUUGUUCGGAUCAAAUAGCAGAAAUUUAGAUAAAACUUCCAAUCAACAAUUAUUUGGCUAUGAACAACAACAACCAGUAAAUCAUCAUCAUCCUCCUCAUCAACAACAACAGCCUCCACAACAACCACAACAACAAUAUUAUGUAAAUAAUCCGCAGCCUCUACCACCAAAUUAUCAACCUUCAAUUCCGCCACCCAAUCAUAGAAAUUCAAUCAUUAGUAAUAAUAAUAUUAAUAAUAAUAAUAAUUAUCAUCUACAACAACAACCAGUAAAUCAACAACCUCCUUCUUCUACCUCUAAUUCUUUCAAAGUUAAUAAUAAUAAUUAUCCUAAUGUAAUAACAUAUCCGCCACAACAGCAACAAGCAAAUACUACCAAUGGUUAUCCACAAUCACAAAUUGUAGAUCACAAUCAACAACAACAACAACCUUUCUGUCCUCCUACACACCAUGAUCCAAAUUAUAAUGCAAUUUCUUUGGAAAGACCUAAUUUACAACCUAUUGAUACAGAUAGUAAACCAUCAGCUCCUACGGAAUCAUUUUGUAAUGGAAAACCUUCUCUCAAUGAAACAAUUAAUGGAAAUUUGAAUUUUGUACCAACAUUUAAUGAGCAUUACCAAAUUCCACCACAACAAGAAUCAAUUCAAUUUCAACAAAAUCAACAAACAAUUACUCCUCCACCUCAACAAACUCAGCCAACCAUGCAAACUAUCAACAUGAAUAUUGCAGGUAUUCCACUAACUUUGCAAAAACCACUAGCUCAACCAACAGGACAACCAAACGCUCAACCUGUUACAAUGAAUGCUACUGUUUCUGGAGGAAAUUUCAAUGGUUUUGGACUUCAACCAUCCAAUAAUGUCGACAUUACAAAACCAUUUACUCCAAUUUCUAACACACAAAUCAUUUCAACAACACCAGGAUUUGGACAAACAUUGUGUUAUCAACAAGGAUAUAAUAAUGGAAUUAGAGUUAAUCAGAGAGUAGUUCAAACAGGUGAUCAAUGGUCAACUGAACAUGAAUACGGAACUUAUAAUGUUUGUUUUAGAAUUUCACCAAAAUCAGGAGAACAUGCCAAUAAUCCAUUUAGUGGACUCGUUCUAGGAGUUACUGGUAUUGCAAAUCAUAAACCUCCUGCAGGCCAUACUCACUUUAUCGUAUUCAACAAUGUACAGCAACGAAUUGAAAAGAGAGCAUAUCCUAAUGAUUGUCGCCCAGCAAUAGCCGGAGCCAGAUACAUGCUCAUGGAAAGUGUUGCCAUUCCUUAUAAUCUAAUUGCAUCCUUUGAGGUUGAUUGUGUUGGAGGAAGAGUCAAUAAGCAAAGUCUUUCAUGUGUAAUUUGCAUGCUAACAAAUGGACAUUCAAUCAGAAUCAACCAAGACGAAAUGGAUACAGUCUCAUUGUCAGCAGAGAAGGCCAAAUGGUUGUAUCAGGCUCUGAAUUAUAGUCUAGCCAUGUUAAAACACAAACAACAGCAACAACAAAAUAAUACUAUACUCUCUCAAGACAAUAUUCAAAAUAUUUAAUUCUUUAUUCUUUUGAAUAAAGGAAAUUUUCUGU